CGCCUUUCCGUUUCUUCGUUUCGUAUUUUUCGAACGACAUAAACAUCUAUCCUCCAUGUGCGACAUACAUCGGCGAGAGAUUCGUUUUUAUUACUACACCAGUGCCGUCUAGGAGUAGUUUUUCGAUUGAUGUACAUUGUGAUAUUAAACUUUGUUGGGUGUUCUACAAAAAUGUUGCGCCUCGUGUCGUUGUUGUGCGUCGUGGUAUUGGCGAUCAAUCAUCUCGACGCCGCUCCAGUCUCCACCGACACCCAAGCUAUGAUGUACCUAGCCAGGUUCGGCUACCUAGAUCCGGCGUUACAGAACCCGUCUUCCGGUGCUCUGAUCUCAGGCGAAUCUGUCCGCCGUGCCAUCAUCGAUUUCCAGUCUUUUGCUGGACUGAAUCAAACAGGUAUUUUAGACGGGGAGACAUCGACGUGGAUGAGUAAACCGCGUUGCGGCGUUCGUGAUCGUGUGGGGCCCGGUUCUUCGGCUCGCAGGAAGCGCUACGCUCUUCAAGGGAGCCGUUGGCGCGUAAAACAACUGACUUACAGUAUUACGAAAUACCCGUCAGCCCUCAAGACUGCCGACGUGGACCGAGAGCUUGCCAAAGCAUUUCAGGUGUGGGCGGACGUAACCGAGCUGACCUUCGUCCACCUCAAGACGGGCAAAGUCCACAUCGAAAUCCGUUUUGAAUCCGGAGAGCACGGAGAUGGUGACGCGUUUGACGGCACGGGUGGUACCCUAGCUCAUGCUUACUUUCCAAUUUACGGUGGUGAUGCUCAUUUUGAUGAAUCCGAAACAUGGACAAUCAAUUCUUAUAAAGGAACGAAUUUGUUCCAGGUGGCUGCUCACGAGUUCGGCCACUCGCUGGGACUGUCACAUUCCGACGUCCGCUCGGCUCUGAUGGCGCCUUUCUACCGCGGAUACGAAUCUAGUUUCAAACUGGACAACGACGACAUUGUAGCCAUCCAGCAACUUUAUGGCAAGAAAAAGAAUGUAGCUGUGACCACAGAAACCAGUUUCCGACCCUUCCUGGGUAGGACGACGACACCGCCGGUGACCUUCGACGAUGGCAACCGAGGCAACAGCGAACUGUGCGGAAGCGACGGAAAGAUCGACACUAUAUUCACUGGUCCUGAUAACAAAGCCUACGUUUUCAAAGGCGAAAAGUAUUGGAAAUUGGAAGCUGAGUCUGUAGCUCCGGGUUAUCCACGUAGCAUCCGGGAUGACUGGGAAGGCUUGCCCGGCAAUAUCGAUGCCGCCUUUACAUGGACAAAUGGCCGGACCUAUUUUUUCAAGGGUUCGAGAUAUUGGCGUUACACGAAUUUCCAAUUGGACGCCGACUAUCCGAAAGAUUUGUCCGAAGGAUUCGCUGGCGUGCCGGCCAAUUUCGACACGGCUCUCGUAUGGAGUGGCAACGGCAAAAUCUAUUUCUUUAAAGGGAGCCAAUAUUGGCGCUUCGACCCUCAACAGAAGCCUCCUAUCAAAUCGACCUAUCCUAAGGACAUCUCCAACUGGGAAGGACUACCAAACAGUCUCGAUGCCGCAUUUCAGUUCACCAACGGCUACAGCUAUUUCUUCAAAAACGGCCAGUACUGGCGGUUCAACGACCGCAGCUUCAAGGUGGACGAAGGCCAGCCAGGUUAUCCACGACCGGUUGGUAAGUGGUGGUUUGGAUGUGACGAAAUCAAUUUCAAAUCAGCCAGCAGGCCAGGAGGCUCCAAACUGGCUGUUGAAAGACUCCACGCCAACGACCGUCAAGCUGAUCUGCUCGAUGCUGGUCUGACCCAAUCGGAUAACGACAUCGACAUGUCGGUGGACCAGGUGGCGACAACUUUGCUGCUAACGGAUUCAUUCCAGACGGCCGCCAGUGACGCCAGCACUUUAUCUCUGAGCAACUUGAUUCUAUUCCAUUUGCUGGCGUUCAUCAUUCAACGGAUAACUGCAUAAUAAAGCAGUUUUUCGUUUUGAGUCUGCCUCUUGUGUUUGCCCUCACCACAAGUUUUGCGUUAGCGUGUGAAUACGAAAGUGAACCGAUAGCGCUGCACACACGUCCAUAGACUGGGCUGUUGUGCGCUGUCUUGCAGAGACGAUAGAAGAGAUGAACUGUCUCUUGUGUUUUGCUCCUUGUGUAUAUUCAAUGAUGCCUAUUGUGUGUCUAUUUUAGGGACCAGUGCUAUACACACAGACGCUUGAUCUACCGAGUGUCUGUCCGCAUUACGAUUGUUCUCUCAUAAAUGAUCGAUCGACUCCCCCUUUUUUUUUUUUUUUUUUUUAUACAGUACCGAUUGAGUGCGCGCGUGUGUGUAUACGUCUCGUGUUUUUGUUUUGGGUAGUUGCUUUCAUUUUUCCCUCUUGUGUGUCUCGCGCACUUGUAUCUCGAAUGUAUUGUGUAUAGAACUGUAUAGAACGUCUGCGAAUGAUCGAGCAUCUCUAUUUACACGGCUGUCUAGCCCCCUGCAGUGCGCAAUCCUUUAAAGGUUAAGUGAGGUACGUUAGGAGCGCCAGAAAAAUAAGAGAACAGGGUUAAAGCUUUGUAUUGUGUAAACGUGUCGAUGACUUCAUAUUUUUGACCCCACAAAGAACUCAAGUUAUUUUUUUUUGUUUGUUAUGAGAGGCGCCAUUUUUAUUGAGUAGAUUGUUUUUUUUUUUUUUUUUUAAAUAACGUAUAUGUGUAUGCUAUAAGGAAAUGGAACGACCGCCCGUUUUUAUCAAAGUCACAUGUUUUGUUGGGUCCGUGUGGUUUGAAUGUUGCGCCGGAAGUUUGGGAUGAAAUGUACUCUCGUUUGUAUUUCCGUUCUUGUCUAUUUUUUUUCUUUUCAAUCUUUUUUUCUGUUAACAAAAAAAGAGAAAAGGUCGCAAUGGAUUCAUUGAGUUGGAAUCCGUCGCUUGUAACCGUGACGAUGAUGAUGUCAUACGAAAAUACAUGAAAAGAACGAAAAUUUAUACAUUCAACUACAUCACCAUACACUAUAUACGCGCAUGUAUAUAUAGUAGUAUAUACACAGUCUAUCAAAAGCAUUCACCCUGAACAACAACAGCCUUUCCCCUCGUCCUACCAGAAGGGACUUAAAAAAAAAAAGGAAGAGAAUCAAGAGUUGUGUCUAUUGAUUGCGGUGUGACGG